AUGCGACCAGAGAUGUAUACUGGUUCUGGUAGUGGAUUGGGGGAGAGAACGCCACUAGUGGCAGACAAAGACAUGUCUCACCGAUGCGAGUCCGGGUCACUUGCGUUUUCAAGGUGUGUUGGUGAAACGUGGCCGGUGUAUGAUGCCGAAGAACGGUUUCUACGUUCUGUCUUUUGUGUUGGAGGACUGACAAUCUGUGUUGUCGAGGCAACUGUUAUAACGCGCCCGAGACUUAGCCGUUGCUUCCCAAGAUUCUGGCCUUCAACGAAGUACUGCAAUGCUGCUGUGGCGUUGUUGCGUGAGGGUGGCCUACACGUCAUUGCCGAUGUUGAUGGUGUGGCGGGGAAACACCUUUUGCGUAUCAUGACGGGUAGCAAUUCGUGCACGUCAGGCUCAGUUCUUGCCAACGGCGUCCCUGUUGAGGCUGGUGUAUUUCGCAAAGCGGUCGGUGUUAUUGGCGAUGUGAAAACGCCCAUGCCAAAUUUAACAGUGGAGCAAAACAUCAAUUUCGUCGUUUCCAUGCGGACAAAAAAGACUGGAGACUCAAGGGAGACCCUGGUGGAGGCAGCCUGCGUCCUCACGGAGUUGGAUCGUCGUAAGACCGCAAAACGGCUCACGCUUUCAGAGGGAUUUCGCCUUCGUCUUGCCAUGGAGAUUGUGCGGAAUCCCCCGGUCAUUGUGGCGUACUGCCCCCUUGACAGUCUUGGCCUCGCUGAUGCAGCAGAGUGCACUGCUGUAUUGAAAAGGGUAUCGACAAUACUGAAAAAAACAGUGAUAAUUUCAACCAAAAAUUUGGCGACAAAUUUGUUUACUGCCGCGGACACAGUGCUGUUGUUUGGACGCGGUGGCCACGUGCUUUACUCUGGUGAGGCGGCUGAGAUGCCUUCUUAUUUCAACAGUCUUCCAAUUUCCCCGCAUCUGUCCCCUUAUGACAACAACACAUAUGAGGGCAGAAGGGUAGGCCACGAUACAUCCUCGGCAGCCUAUGAUUAUUCCCGCGAGUCUGUCCCUUCAGUGAUAGAGAGCGACAUGUCUGAUAAUAAGGAAAAAAAUCUUUCGGCACCUUCUUGUGCGACCCGGGAGACGAGAAGCAUAGGGGCUGCAGAUUUGGUCUUGUGUGGGGGUGACGCUCUUGACAUGGCCACAUGGUGGGCUGAAAGCGAAGCCACCACUCAGUUUUAUUCGUUGAAGUUCCACGAGUCACGUAUGUGCCGUCAAUUAUUGCGGGAGAUCACACGUUUCUCUACCCCACCACAAUAUGUUGGUGACGUGACGCCUUUCACAGCAAUUGCGUCCCCUCAGUAUGCGAUUUGGAAACCAGUUCUUCUUUGGUGGUACGAUACCCUGCAGAUAUGGCGAGGGGGUGAAGUGUAUAUUCACUUAGCCUUAUUGUCACUUGGCUUAUUAGGGAUAUCUCUCUUGAUGCAUCACCAGGAAGAGGACCAGGGAGGCAUGUACAACAUAAGAGGCAUUCAAUUCGUUUUAUUCCUCCUGACUAUGAUAGCAAAUGUGACAGCGACGAGUGAUAUGGAUCGUCAGUUGCACUUGUUUUUUCAUCAGCGCAACAGUGGACUCUAUAACACACUCUGCUUUAUGGUAGUGUUUGUCUUACAAACUAUUAUCAUAAGAGCGGUAUAUCUAGUUAUGUUCGUCCCUGUCGUUCUGUUUAUUGUGAAGAUGAAGGCUCCGUUUUUGCUUCUCGUUGGUGCUCUAAGUGUUACUGACGCGUUUCUACACGUGACAGUGCAUACGCUUGUGCCUUAUAAACGGGGGGCCACUCUGGCACUGAGGUUGUAUUUGGGCUACUGUAUCCUUUUUUCUGGGUUUUUGUUGAACUUGAAUUCGAUGCCGGGAACUGUAGGGAAGCUGAGUGUGCUUCGCUGGGGAUAUGGCGCCGCGUUGGCACAGAGCCUGCGGAACAAGCCGUUUAGUUGCGAUGGUGCGGGAAACACGUCCUACUGCUAUAGUGGCAACACGUACUUGAAGCUUGAAGGGUUUUCAAACGAAUCCACAGGUCUUUCAUUAACAGUGUUUGGUGCGGUGUCUGGGACGCUAGUUCUCAUCAUGGGAAUUGCCUUGGCGUGCAGGGGUUGA